AUGAGCACGGAGACGAAUAUGAAGAUGAAGACUGAAAAGGGUAGUGGAAGCUUCCAGAUGAACUACCCCCAUGAUGGAGUAGAGCGCAGACACAACCGCGGGAAUGAGAACUCACUUGUGAAAAAGAGUAGACAAUUUUCCGUGUCCGUGUAUGGACCUGAAAACGCGAGACUGUUCGCUCUGUUCGAAUUAAUCAAAUACAACUCCGUUCCGGACAGCUUGAGAGAUGAAGCCAAUGUAUGCAUCUGCACCAUUAAGAAAAAUCUGAUGGGACAUGGGGGGUCCUCCAACAAAUCUCGCAGCGCUCACUUCCUACCUCUUAUGUUUGCCGAUUGGGACGAUGCCUACUCGCCUGCCUUGGUCAGAAAAAUUCAGGGAGAUAUGGUGCGCAACUGGGGCCAGUUUCCCGACGGGGGUAGUAGUGACGUGCAUGGUUGUAGUGGUAAUAAGGAGGAAGAGCCCCCGCGAGCUUCACCCUACUUAGAUGGAUACAAUUUUCCCCUCAAAGGGAACCACGCAGGGGGGUUCGAUCACAUGGUUAGGUGCGGCGGAGACUUCACUAAUGUAGGGGAGAACCCACCAAACCGCGUAACCAAUGGAGUUCACGCGGACAACGCCUCCUCACACAACCAGAACAACCUAGUCCACAGCAUCAACGCGUACAACCUGCACUCGAGGCAUAUGGCCCACACGUUCGCGGCGAACAAACCCUCGAUAGUAAACCCACACAAAAAUUUCAACAUCGGCCACCAUGCCUACCCGUCCAAUGCAGAAGAAAUUCUGAAGCUACAAAAUGGUUUCUCAUUCGGACAAUUGAAUGAAUACACAAAUGGGGCUAACACAAACUGGGCUCUGCGCGUCAAUCAUCCGGGAUACCAUUACAAUUACACGCGGGGUGACGACAAGAUGAACAGCAUGGCCACCUGUACGUCUAUCCACAGCUACCCAAAUGGGUAUGUAAAUAGCCAUGAGGAUGUGAGGGGCCCUGCGGACAACUCGACCGCUGACUUGACCAUCUUUGGAAACUAUUUUCACUCCGAUGGAAAUGCGGUUAAUUGCAAAAUGAAUAAAAGUGCCCCCGCCUUUGGGCCAAAGACGUCGAAUGGCGAUGGCAGCGUGUUCGAUCAGUUCGGCGGGGGGCGUGAACAUUUAAGGGGUUGA